GAUUUGCUCAAUGGCGUUGGAGAUCUGAAGCCGCAGAGGCCGUGCUGUGGCCGACACGAACAACUGGCGAGAAGGGCUCCCGCCCAGAGUUUGUCUCGCUGACUUUCGAGCAGGGAGAUUGUGGCGAUGGGUGCGGGCGGCAGCAAGGCAGCCGCAGCGCUGCGGAAGCCGGGAGACCCUCUCAAUGUCGCCGGUGAAUUGCCACACCGUCAUGGAUCCAUCCAUUCAUUCAUCCACUGGGUGUGCGGUGACGCUGCUGUGCUGUGUGGGUGUGUUGCAGGUCACAAGAAUGUUCACGAGGCCAUCAUAACUGAGCCGUCUCAGAAGGCGUCCAAGUACUCCAUCUGCCGGUGCUGGAAGAGCGCCAAGUUCCCCAUAUGCGACAACACCCACCAGAAGCUCCAGAAACAGGGCAUACAGUGCGGUACGUACGUGAGUAUGUAUCGACGAAUAGCUAAUGGGUGGACAGCCAGACGGACAGUCGGAAGGCAGGCGUCCGCCCAUUGUGGGUGGGUCCCUUCUCUCUCUCUCUCUCUUCUCUCUGCGUGUCUGAAGGUCCGUGCAUGUUGGAGGUGAAGAAGACGAUAGUGACUGCCUCCACCAUGGUGAAGAACACAUCGGCGGGAGGGGCAGGUGCGAAGCUCAUCACGGUCGGAGCGGCAGGGGGCAUCGCUGCGAUGACCGGUACGUAUGAUAGAUACGGUUGGCAAGCAUAUGACGGCAGAUGGACGGCCUUGCCUAUCUCCCGCCCUCCUUGAUGUGUGUGCGUAUCUGUGUGCGUGUGUGUGUGUGCGCGUGUGUGUGUGUGUGUUGCCUGCAGGCACUGCGCAUUGGAUGGGCGUCAUCUAGCAUUGCCCCAACCACUCAGUGUGUGUGUGUCGCCGUGCCGUGCAGGUGUUGGCCUGCCUUUUGCGGUGAGGUGCUGUCAGUCUGUUCUUGACACAGCGAAUGUAGUCCUGUAGCCAGCUUAUUAUGCGUGG